CUAACCUCAUAACCCAGAUCAUAUAUUUUCCAAUUAUUCAUGCUGUUUAGAAGGAACUCAUUAGGUAUGGCACUCAGUGAUCACAAUCUAGGCCUUGGACCCAUUUUAAGAAUUAAUUCUUCUAUGUGCGCAAAAUUCGAUCCCAGUAAAUCAUUUCAUGUGAGGUAGUUGUGUCUGAUUAUGUACACUGAAGUCUGACAGCGCUUCUGUGAUUAAAAUGGGAAAUUUUUGGGAAAGAGGCAGAGAGAGGUUCACGAGCCUACCCACCCCAAAGUUGAUCCCUUUGCCCAAUUCAUGCAGGAAAACUGGAAAUGAAGUGACCUAACCAAUAGUAUAGUACCCAUUAGACUAGUAUAGUAUUAUUAUUAUUACUGAUUGGUGAUGGUGGGGUAGUGAUUGUAAAGUCAAAAGACCCUCUCAGUCUAUUUCACAUGGGACCCCUGAAGAUAAUAAUCCUGAUCUGGGACCCUACCCGACAACCCCCAAUUAUUUACCUCUGUACACACACACACACACACACACACACACAUAUAUAUAUAUAUUUCGUAUUGGGAUCUUCUUCAUCACCCUGUAAAAUAAGGCCACAUUAAUACAAUAAACCCAUUCCUUCUGCCAUUAAAAUAUGCACAUUCACCUAUUGCUGCCGUAUGCUUCACGAGACCUCCAUUUCAACCCCUUUUCUGUAUCUCUCCUACUUACUCCUUGGAAGAAGGGAUUCCCUUUUGACCUCAAAGCCCCAUAAGAGAGAGAAAGAGAGAAAGGGGGAGGUUUUGUUUAGGUAACAUCAUGCACAAGCAAUGUAGAAGAAUCCAGGGCACAAUGCGCGUAAUUUAAUCCGUCGUCAACGACUUUAUAUUCACGUAACGUAGUCCCAUGAAAAGGUUCAGAGAUCCCAAAGUUUUCUACAAAUCCUCCACACUAGUCUCUUAUGUUCACUAGUUUCUUUAAUGUAACAAGAAUGCUGAGCCCACCGGACUCACCCAAGCAGAGCUCCUCGAACCCGGUGAGCAAUCUCAUUCGGAGCAUAUUCUCAUACAACAACAACAUCAUGCUGGCCGCCAUCAUAUCCUUACUCCUGGUAAUUCUCUUUGUUCUGAUACUCCACAUUUACGCCAAAUGGUUUCUAGCCCACGCUCGUCAUAGGAGUAGGACUUCGGUCUCCGUCUCUCACGUCUUGGGUUCAGCUCGUUUCCACCAUUUCAAUACGUUAACGUUCGAAACCAUUUCUCCAACCAAGGGCCUGGAGGCUUCGGUCAUUGCUUCGAUACCUCUGUUCGUGCACGAAUCAUCUGAUCAUGACCGUGACCGUGGUGGCUGGUCGGAAUGCGUUAUUUGUCUUUGCGCGUUUGAAGAGGAGGACGUGGGUAGGAAGCUACCGGGAUGUGGCCAUGCGUUUCAUGUCGAGUGCAUUGACAUGUGGUUGCAUUCCCACUCGAGUUGUCCGAUUUGUCGAGCAGCGGUAGCAAUAGCGUGCGAGGAAAAGGUUGCAGACACUAAUUGGAUAUUGAACGAUGUGAAUGUGAUCACUACUGAGGGCUCUGAAUUGGAAAUUUUGGUUGAGGUCUCGAAUUGAUGACGAGAGUGAGAGUGGAGUGAUUGUCGUCUUCUUCGUUGUCAUCCUAAGCAGCAUCGCUGGGUGGCUCAACUGAAAGAGAAUAGCUGAGGACAGGAAUAGAUCUGAAACUUUGGUUCAUCCAUCUUCCAAUGUUAAUGGAUCAGAGAGAGAAGAGAGAGAGAAGAGAGAGAGAGAGAGUUUAAACAUGCUUCAUACAUGCAUGCUUCAUUGAAUAGAUUGUCAGAGUUUAUACCUCAGAUCUCAUAAAACUACUUUUAGUGUACAGGUCCAUAGUGUAAUAUUAAUGUACUUGGGUUUAGCAGUGACAGGUGUAGUAAUUUGGUGAUUUCUUUCACAUUAUUGAUAUAUU